AUGUACUAUGAUGUAGUGCUUAAAUAUGUCAGAACUUCCCUUUGGCUUGUAUCAUCAAAUGAAUUAUUAACAGCUUUUACCCUGUUGUCAGGUUGCGAGAGUGGUGUUAUACGAGCCUCUGAGUUUUGUACUUACCACACACCACUAAGGAAACAGGAUGAUUUUGUUAAUUCAAUGCAUGCUGCACGAGAGUUUAGCUCAAGGGUUUCUGAUUCUUUGAAGAUCGAGAUCUUUCCGUUUUCAGUGUUCUAUAUUUUCUUUGAACAAUAUCUGGAUAUAUGGGAGACAGCUGUGAUCAACAUUGCUAUAGCACUUGGUGCUGUAUUUCUUGUUUGCCUAGUUAUCACCUCCAGUUUAUGGAGUUCAGCUAUCAUUGUUCUUGUCCUGGCCAUGAUUGUUGUGGAUCUUUUGGGUGUGAUGGCAAUUCUGGAUAUCCAACUGUAUCCUGUUUUUGUGGAGGCAGUAGCUGUUGUUUGGCGUAGAGCCAAUUCAACAGGACUUGCUUGGAAAACCAUUGUUCUGUUGACAACAUUUUUGCUCUUAACACAGGUAAGCCAUGGAGAUAGGAGCCAACGAGCAAAGGAGGCUCUGCGUACGAUGGGAUCUUCUGUCUUCAGUGGAAUUACACUCAUAAAGCUAGUCGGAGUCAUUGUCCUUUAUUUCGCAAAAUCAGAGAUUUUUGUGGGUGGUAUUGAUUAUGUUUGGUCCACCAUCGAGAAGUGUGCCCAUUGAAAGAGAGCAAGAACUUGAGACUUCCACUUUGUCACGCUUGACUGAUUGACCAAAUGCAUUUGAAAGUUGGGUGGUUUUAUGAUGUAAAAUUAUGCAAGCAAGAAAUGAAAACAAAAUGACGGCAAGAAGGAAAAUAAACAAAUAAGGAGAAAGAGGGAAAGGAAGAAAGCACAUGUAUGUACAAUGAGUUAAAAACAUGUAAUUGCUUUCUACCCAAAUUAACAGUGCAUAUAUUUUGGUCAAUGCUUAUGGUGUCAAAGUUUCUGUUAUCUUCACAUUUGUUGUCAGGAUCCUACCAUUUCUUUCCUUGUCAUUAUGCUAUGCUGUGUCAAUAGUUGACCCAAACAUUAGUAGGUUGGUUUUGGGUUGGAUCUAUAAUAAUGUAUUAUUAUGUCA